AUGUCCAACCCAGGAGACUGGACAGCUGUCAUCAUGGCAGGGGGAUCUGGUUCCAGGAUGACGGACCUCACCAACCAAUGUCCUAAAGCUCUGCUUCCUGUUGGACGCUUCCCCAUGAUUUGGUACCCCAUUCGCUCUUUAGAAAAGGCUGGCUUUUCAGACAUUAUCAUCAUCACCAGGCAGAGCUGGCAGGAUCAGAUCCACAGCGCGCUGUCUGUGGAUACAGGAUCCAUCGGAGCCCGGCUGGAGAUGGUGGGAAUCCCCGACUCAGAGGAUUGGGGCACAGCGGACUCUCUGCGUCACAUCGCUGACAGGAUCAGGACAACAGCCUUGUUUGUCAGCUGUGAUCUCAUCUCUGACUGCAAACUCUCAGACUUGAUGCUGAUCCAUCGCAAGUACAACUCCUCCCUGACUGUGAUCCUGUCGCAGCUGCCCUCCUCCAUUCUGGCAGAGACCCCUGUCCCAGGCUUCAAAUCCAAGCAGAAGAACUCUGCAGCGGAGAAGAUCUCCAUUGGGUUUGAAUCCAGCAACAUGGACCAUGUUUUAUACUGGAAGGCUCAGAUUGACAUGGAGGAUGAGUUUGUCUUUUUCACCAGAAAAUUUCUGGACAGAUUUCCUUGCACCCGGCUACAGAGUACCUGGGCUGACUGUCACGCCUACCUCAUCAACAAAAGUGUCAUCAGAUACCUCAAGGAGAGGCCAAACAUUAGUUCUCUACAAGGAGAACUGCUCCCUCUGGUUGUUCAGAAGCAGAUGUCCAUGUAUGUCCGGGACCGUCCCAAGGAAGAUGCAGACAUGGCAAGUCCAGGAAGUGAUGUCAGAGUUGGGAAAAAGAAAGAUCUGGUGGACUUCGUAGCUGAAUCAGAGAGUGACCUCACAAAUUCUGUGAAGUUUCUAUCACUGACAAGUGAUAGCUUUGGUCUCAGCGAGGACUCCCCACAGAAAGAUUUGGUCCGAUGCUAUGCCUACAGACAGACCAGUGGGUUCUGCGUCCGGGCCAACACUGUUGCUGCUUAUUUUGAGGCUUGCAAACAGAUGCCCCGCCUGAUCGGUACAUUCUGGAAUAACAAAAAGAAGGAAGCCCUGCUGAACGUGCCCGAGUCGACCACCAUUAAACCCAAAUCUCAGGUGGGAGCAGACUGCAUGCUGGGAGAGAGUGUGACUAUUGGAGAGAAGGUGUCCGUGAAGAAGUCGGUGAUUGGCAAACACUGCAAGAUUGCUGACAAGGUCAGGAUCACCAACUCUGUCAUCAUGGAUCAUGUCACCAUUCAGGACAGCUGUAACAUCAUCAACUGCAUCAUUGCUGACUCAGCCAACAUUGGGGACAAGUGUGAGCUCAACAACUGUAUCAUAGGGCACAACCAGAGCAUCCCCACCAUGUCCAAGCACACAAACGAGGUUGUCAGUAACGUGUCACAGAUGAUGGAAGUCUUCCUGGAAUGA